CUCGCGAAAUUGUGUGCACUCCACUCGUUGGCGUCUCUAAUUAUUGUUAGUAAUUAUUGACAGUAUCUCUGCGCUAUUGUUUUUUUUUUUCUCUUUUUUUUGCGCACUAAAUACUUACCACUUAAGUAGCAAAGUGUUGUUCGUUAAAAAACUACAAGGUAUACGAGUACAAAAGCCGAUAGAGGAAAAGUGCGUUGGGCUCGGCAUAAAUGAUCUACAGCUGAGAAAAUGCGUCGCCGCGGCAGCGAGCCAGCAGCAAGUUGCACCAGCUCCUCCUUCGUCUCGACGACGACGUCGACGUCUUUGUUGCUGUCGCAUCUGCUGCUGCUGCUGCUGCUACUACUACUACUGGCAUGCCAAGGAGCUCAUGCUGUAGAAGCGUCUGGAGAUGUCGAGCUUUAUUAUGACAAGCUCGUGCCACUUGGUGGAACUAUCACUUUCUUUGCUAGUAUUUUGGACAAGAACGAUAAGUCACCAACAGGAAAUUUCGUUUACAAGUGGGAAGACAAUGCCGAGAAACAGCAUCGUUUUGAGAGCGGCACAACAACAAAUACAACGUCGCUCUUCAGAGCCAGCUAUCCAGCAUCAAUGUACCAUUUAGGCGUGUACACAAUGGAAGUUGAUGUCUGCAAAUGGGGGUACAUGGAAAUUUUUUGCCAUUUUUUUGGAAAAAAAACAAUACUGUUUCCCAUACUAUUUGAUGGGUAUUUGACAAUACAACAAACAAAUUACUCUGGAAAAAGUGAGUUUGUAUCAUCUGACAGAGAGACAAGAAUAACUGUGAAUGUAAAAAAGAGAGAUUAUGAUUACUUAGUAAAGAAAUCAGCGACUAUCACAACGUAUUGGUUCAUUGAUUGUCAAUACCACAGUCGCACAAACGGUUUUACAUUAGACUAUAAUUUUACAAAGCCAAAUACCACUUAUGUUGUUGAGGCUCUUGUUGUGGCUAAUUUUGAUCCACCUGUUACAACGCUAGCUCCCACAACUACUACUAAUACCACACCCACAACUGUGCCAUCAAAUGGGACAACUGCCGUUCCAACGAAUGAUACAUCCACAACUACAACUACACCUACACCUACAACAACAAUAAAAACGACGACGACAACAACAACAACAACAACAACAACAACAACAACAACAACAACAGCCUCAACAAAUGCAUCAGUGCCUCAUUUUGCAAAUGAAACAUUCCCUUUAGUAUGCAAGUCUAGGUUGCCACCUAAUGUCAAUGAAACGUAUGGUCAUUUCCAAACAGAAGUCAAAGUGAGAGCACCCAUAUCCAAGUUAAACAUUGAAGGCUCAACAUGGAUUCAACCAUGGAAUAGUAUACAACUUGAUAUAACGUGUAAUGGAACAGGGCCUUUCCAGAAAUGUAUCGAAAUUCACAUGGGGAAGUACAAUACCACUGGAAAUGAAACUUGCAAUCAAGACAACAGUGAAACACUGGAUAUUUGUAAAUUUUCAUUCAGUCACUAUUUCCUUGACGCUCUGGAGUACACAGUUUUAAUCAUAUUGAGCAAUGACGUCAGUACUGAAGUACAUCCGGUGGCAGUUAACAUUUACGAGCAGUAA